CAGAGCUACAACAUCCCUUCACCAAACGACAUGGUCGUGGACACAGACGACUAUGUCGGUGCUCCCAAUGCCCCCGAGAAAGAGCAUGUGGCCAUCAUCAACCCAGAUGGCGGCGUCGAACACGAAGCUGAUCAGCUACAAGACCUGCCUUUGGCCAACGACUAUGAAGCCAUGAAAGAAAUUGUCCUCCCGCCGCUGCUCGACGAACCCAAAAUCCUCGAAGACUUUACACAUACAUGGACCGUCGACAACUGGCGAAGUCUUAGCAAGAGAGAACAUGGCCCCAUUUUCCAAGCAGGUGGCUUCCCAUGGCGCGUCCUCCUGUUCCCCCACGGAAACAACACUGACCAAUGUUCCAUUUACCUGGAGCAUGGAUUCGAGCCUGAUGCCGUCCCCGAGAAUUGGAGUUGCUGCGUGCAGUUUGGCUUGGUACUUUGGAACCCUAAUGACCCUAGCCUAUAUGUCAACCACGCAGCACACCAUCGCUUCACUAAGGAAGAAGGGGACUGGGGCUUUACUCGCUUUGUUGAGAUUAGGAGGAUGUUCAACGUGCCAUGGGAAGGCGACAGCCGGCCGCUGGUCGAGAGUGAUACCGCUAACAUAACAGCUUACGUUCGCUUUGUCGAAGACGAGACCGGUGUGCUAUGGCACAACUUUGCCAACUACGAUUCAAAGAAAGAAACUGGAUAUGUUGGUCUGAAGAACCAAGGCGCCACUUGCUACCUCAACUCCCUUCUCCAGUCGUUAUACUUUACAAACGCCUUCAGAAAAGCCAUUUACGAAAUUCCAACAGAAAAUGACGAGAACAUGCAGAAUUCGGCAUACACGUUGCAAAGACUAUUUUAUCAGUUGCAGACAUCCGAACAAGCCGUUAGCACGAGUGAGCUAACAAAAUCAUUUGGAUGGGAGACGAGGCACAUCUUUGAGCAGCAAGAUGUGCAAGAGUUGUCGCGAAAACUCAUGGAACGCAUGGAGGAGAAGAUGAAGGGCACAAAGGCCGAAAACGUUUUGCCUGAGCUCUUCAGUGGUAAGAUCAAGACAUACAUUUCUUGCAUAAAUGUAGACUACGAAUCAAAACGCAUCGAGGAUUUUUGGGAUAUUCAGCUCAACGUCAGUGGCAACAAGAACCUUUUGGAGAGUUUCCAGGACUACAUCCAAGUCGAAAAGAUGGACGGAGAGAACCAAUAUUUUGCUGGCGACGAGCACAAGUUACAGGACGCCAACAAGGGCGUCAUCUUCAACAGCUUCCCCGACGUGCUGCAUCUCCAGCUCAAACGAUUUGAAUAUGACAUCCAAAGAGACAUGAUGAUGAAGAUCAACGAUCGCUACGAGUUUCCUGACAUUUUUGACGCCGCCCCUUACCUUGUCGAGGACGCCGACCGUUCCGAGCCUUGGAUCUACCAGCUGCAUGGAGUCCUUGUCCACAGCGGCGAUUUGAAUGCCGGACAUUAUUAUGCGUUUAUCAAACCAUCAAAGGACGGCUGGUUCUACAAAUACGACGACGACAAGGUCACAAAGGCCACGUCUCGGGAGGUCUUGGAAGAGAACUAUGGCGGAGAAUAUAGAGCAUCCAACGGCUACCUCAGAGCACCUCUUCAAAAGAAGGCACCCAUCAUGCGCCAGAACAGUGCUUACAUGCUGGUAUAUAUCCGCCAAACUCGACUCGACAAGGUCCUGUGUCCAGUUACCAAGGAAGAUACUCCUGCACAUCUGCGGAUUAAAUUCGAGGAGGAAAAUGCUCUGAGAGAGGCCCGUCGACGCGAGCAGAAGGAGGCUCACUUGUUUAUGAUGGCCAAGGUGAUAACAAACGAAACCUUUGCAAAAUUCGGCGGAACCGAUCUUUGCGUCUUUGAUCCCAUCUCUGAGACCGAUCCCGCGUCACCCAAGCUGUAUCGCAUCCGCCGAGCUAUGCCUAUGCAAGAAUUCGUCGCUCAAGUUGCUGCUGACAUGGGCCAAGAACCAGCUCGUGUCAGGCUGUGGCUGAUGGUCAACCGGCAAAACAAAACAAUUCGACCAGAUCAGCCAAUCAUGGAUCUUCGACCAACUGUCGAGGAGAUUUUUUCUCGCUCCGCUGCUCACCGCGACACCAGUCUGCGUGUUUGGGCAGAGGUUGCAGCUGACGUCAACGAAAACGGCGAGCCCAUCUGGGCAUCGUACCAGAGCCAGCCAAAUGGUGUUGUUGUGAAGAAUGAUACCAUCCUCUUGCUACUGAAGAAUUUCGAUGUAGAGAGGCAGACCCUGGAAGGCGUAGGCCAUCUUUAUAUCAGCAAAGAAAAGAGGGUCGAUGAACUUGUUCCCAUGAUUCUUCAGAAGAUGGGCUGGGGGGAUAAGCUUCCCUCUGACGAGAAGCUGUUGAUGUGGGAGGAAAUCAAACCGACCAUGAUUGAGCCUCUGAAGGGCAAGCAGACCCUCAAAGCUGCCGAACUUCAGGAUGGCGACAUUGUCUGCUUCCAACGUGUCUCUGACAAGAAAACAGAGGCUACGCGCGCUUCUGACAAGGCAUCUCAAGAAACAAACAAAUCAUUUGACCGCGUUGAAGAUGCUCGCGAAUACUACGAUUUCCUUGAGCACAAGCGAACCGUAAAAUUCCACGCUCAUCCAACUAGAUCUGACCAGACACAAUAUCCUCCAUUUGAGCUUGUCCUCAACUCAAAGAUCACUUACGACGUUUUGUCUGAGCGAGUCGGCGCGCACCUCAAUGCCCCCUCGACACACAUCCGGCUAUGGACGGUGAACUCGAGCACAAGCAACCCCAAGGCUCCUGUACGACGGGGUACAAACCCGACACUGCGACAGAUUUUGAAUCCUCUGGGCUCAAAUACGUUGAAUGCGACUCAGCGAAGUGAUGCCUUUUACUUUGAGGUGCUAGAAAUGAGCUUAGCUGAGCUGGAUACCAAGAAGAAUAUCAAGCUGACGUGGUUGAGCGAGGGUAUUACGAAAGAGGACCAGCUUGACUUGCUCGUAUCAAAGACUGGAACUAUCGAAGACCUGAUACAAGCUUUGAUUAAGAAGGCCAAGAUCGCCGAUGAAGCGGAAGGCGGAAGAAUACGGGUAUACGAAACAAGCUCUAACAGAUUCUAUCGUGAGCCCGCACGCGAUCAAUCCGUCCUGAAUUUGAACGAGUACACCCAAAUCUUUGCUGAAAGAGUUCCGGAAGAGGAGAGAACAGCCGAGGAUAGCAACUUCAUUCACGUUUUCCACUUCCAAAAUGAAGUCAACAGAGUCCACGGUGUUCCUUUCAAGUUCCUUCUCCUCGAGGGCGAGAAAUUCGCUGAUACGAAGAAGCGACUGGAGAGAAGAACUGGAAUCAAAGGCAAGAGCUUCGAGAAGAUCAAGUUUGCCAUUGCCAGACGAGCAAACUAUUCAAAACCACAGUAUCUUAAUGAUGACGAUGAGCUGUGGAACAUAGCCUCAUCCGAGGAUGACUACCUUGGCUUCGAUCAUCCGGAUAGAACAAGGGCCUUGAGAAACGGCGUUGGGGACCUUUUCCUUCGUUAAGCGCAACAGUAUCCGAGCUAAAUUCGUGUCGAGGGCACGCAGCUGUGUGAAGAGACUUACGGAACGGCUCGAGGAGUCUGGUAUAUCCAGUCUCAUAUCAUACCCAUCAAUCACAUCAAAGUGAUUCAUGUCUUGUGUUGAGGCGAUGGUCGUUUUCCUUUUAUUAUAUAUGUUGAGAUUUUGUCAACCUCUUCCUUCUCUCGUUUCAGGAAUGCAUGUGGCGACGCAUGAUGCAGAUGAAUUAUGGAAUGACAUUUGUUUUGAUACAGUAUCAAUACAAAGAGCAUACUUGGAUUGAAGUGGUCUCUAGCAUUUGACUCUGACGGCUAUCUGUUGUUCUCAAGGUCUAUAGCACAGCUAUUGUAUUAUUAUCAAAUCAAGUAGUAAGUUGGAGAUUAAUACCAAUCUCUUGGUUGCGUGACUGUAUAGGAUAGAAUAUAGUUUGGCACUCGGAAAUAUACGCCUUUUUAGUAUUGCUUCAAGGUACUCUUCUUAUCCUCCCAAGUAUUAUUACUUGAUCGUUUCCUCUAACGUGUCGAUUGCCAAUUCCUAGGAAAUUCCUCUCAGUUUAUCUUGCUCUUUUUUUCUCUCAGUGAGUUGAUUAUAAAACUGAGAUGUAUACGCUAAUUGCGCUUGUUCAAUGCCAAGGCCUCCUCCUUUUUAUCAUCCUCUUGUUAUGUUCAUUGCUCUAUAUUAUUGGAUCAUAAUCUGUCAUCAGAAAAUACUCAGGGCGUUCUCAGGUCAGACAUGUCAGUAGCAGUUUCAUGCCUGGAGUCUCGUUGGGCCUUUCGCCCCUAUAAUUCGCUUUUCGUUCUUAUCGUAUGAGUUGUAGUUUAGUUGCUCAAGCAAAGGAAAUUGAGUAAGGCUCCCUUUCAUUUGCCGGCAUCUCGCGCUCUCGACGAUACUUUGCCAGAGGCCCCCUCUCAAUCUCCUCGACGGAAAGAUGGGCGCCCGCCGUCUUGAGAAGCUUGGCGCAGUCGUCUUUUCCCGACAGCGUGGCCAGGAAUAGGGGCGAGUUGUCUGCCCUGUUGCGCUGGUGCACGCUGGCGCCGCGCGUUAGGAGCUCGAGCAUGAUUUCGGAAUUGCCCGAGACGGCGGCAAGAUGGACGGCGGUGUUUCCUGCGUAGUCGGCCGUCUUGAGGAGCUGGUUCCCGUCGCCAUCAAGCAGAUCCUUGACGACUUGGAUCUCGCCGUUUUGGAUGGCGUAGCCGAGGGCCGUGAAGGCAGACUCCAUCGGGGUGAGGCGAGAGCUGUAGUCGAUGGGGUUCGUCGGGUGGGAGAAGCUCUGGUGGGCAAUCUCGGUCAUCUCGCCGCGCAGGGAGCGCGAGAAGUGGCUGACAAUGUCCUUUUGCGAGAGGUCGGGCAGGGCGAUAAGGUGCGAGAGCUUGGCGAGGGCGGCCUCGGCGGUGAGGUCGAGGCCGAAGAUGACGCCCAGGCGGCCGAGCUUGGUGCCGGGGGCGUAGACGGGCG